AUCAACGCAAACUCAAUUCUAUAGUCAACGCCAACACAGAAUCUCCGUUCACCUUCUCAUUGGCUUACCAUUCUCUCUCUCCCCUCCUCCUAUUUAAACGCCCUUCCUUCCCCACUUCCUCUGUUUGUUUCCGUUACUUCUCUCUCUUCACAGGAUUUAGUGUUGAAUUUCGGCGAAAAAAAUGGCGGCUGCAGAUUCUUCGUCUCCCCGUGAGGAGAAUGUUUACCUGGCCAAGUUGGCGGAGCAGGCAGAGCGGUAUGAGGAGAUGGUGGAGUUCAUGGAGAAGGUUGCCAAGUCGGUGGACGCUGGGGAGUUGACGGUGGAGGAGAGGAACUUACUCUCUGUGGCGUACAAGAAUGUGAUUGGGGCGAGGAGGGCUUCCUGGAGGAUCAUCUCCUCCAUUGAGCAGAAGGAGGAGAGCAGAGGGAAUGAGGACCAUGUCUCUGUUAUCAAGGAGUACAGGGGAAAGAUUGAGGCUGAGCUCAGCAAGAUCUGUGAUGGAAUUUUGAAUCUCCUUGAGUCCAAUCUCAUACCAUCUGCUGCGGCCCCUGAGUCUAAGGUGUUUUACCUUAAAAUGAAAGGUGACUACCACAGGUACCUUGCUGAGUUCAAGACUGGGGCAGAGAGAAAAGAAGCUGCAGAAAGUACUUUGUUAGCUUACAAAUCAGCUCAGGAUAUUGCUCUUGCUGAACUUGCCCCCACCCACCCGAUUAGGCUCGGUCUUGCACUCAACUUUUCUGUGUUCUACUAUGAAAUCCUUAACUCGCCAGAUCGUGCUUGUAAUCUUGCGAAGCAGGCAUUUGAUGAGGCGAUUUCUGAGCUUGACACAUUGGGUGAAGAGUCAUACAAGGACAGUACAUUGAUCAUGCAGCUUCUCCGAGAUAAUCUGACUUUGUGGACGUCCGACAUUACGGAUGAUGCUGGAGAUGAGAUCAAGGAAACAUCUAAGCCACAAUCAGGCGAUGGGGAGCAAUAAUGUGGUAGUUGGCGGCAUGUGUAUUACCCUUAAUAUAGAUUCCAUGUUGGGUUCCAUAGUAGGAUUUUAGUUGUGGAUUUCAUGAUUUCAAGUGCAGUUUGCCCUUGGGAUUACAAUGUUUUAAUGGACCAUUUAUGUGUUUUAUUGAUGAGAAGAAUAUGCUUGGUGGUUUAGUGAUUUAUAAUUUUUUUAUUGUUGGCUGUUUAUGAAUGCUUAGUGUUGUUGUGAA